AUGGUUUUACUGAAGCACAGACCUCAAAUCAUUCCAAGAAUAAACCACGGCUCACAGCUCAGGAGUUUGAGCGGCAGCUGUAGAACUUAUGCCUCACAAGUGCCAAGCAACAACAAUUCCAGUGAUCCCGCGGAAAUAAAGAAAAUCGAUAAGGCUAAAAGCAAGGAACCCCUUUGGACCAGAAUAAAGAAUGAGGCGCAUCACUACUGGGAUGGUACCAAGUUGUUGGGCUUGGAAAUGAAAAUUUCCUCUAGACUUCUCAUGAAAACCGCUGCCGGCCAUCAACUCAGUCGUCGCGAAAGCCUGCAACUCAAAAGAACGACACAAGACGUGGUGAGGUUAGUUCCUUUCUCGGCGUUUUUGCUAGUCCCAUUUGCUGAGCUACUGCUGCCGGUAGCAUUGAAGCUAUUCCCUAAUAUGCUACCGUCUACCUAUGAGUCCAAAACAGACAAGAUUUCGAAAUUGAAGAACCUUCGUGAAACUAGAGGUUUGGUCUCGGGCAUAAUAAAGGAGCAAGGAACUCACUUCAAGCCUGGAAAUAUUACCACAGAGCAGAAACAGGUUUUCAAUCAAUUCUACAAGCACGUUCGUGCAACGGGUGAGCCCGAGUCUCGCCAACAACUUAUCCAAGUUGCUCGUUUGUUCACUGAUGAUACAGUUUUGGAUAAUGUAACGAGGCCUUAUCUCGUUGCCUUGGCUAAGUAUGUCAACUUGCAGCCAUUCGGGACAGAUGUCAUGCUUCGGUACCGCAUUCGUUAUAAGAUGUUGGAGCUAAAGAAGGACGACUUUUCACUAUAUUACGAGGGAGUCAAUUCUCUUGAUGCUGUAGAAUUGCGCACCGCAUGUGCCUCGCGUGGUAUCCGAAACUUGAACGUCGAGGACUCUGUGCUCCGCAACAACCUCAGUAUUUGGUUAAACAUGCGACUAAAGGACAAAAUUCCAUCCACACUGCUUAUUAUGGCGACGGCUUACACUUAUGGUGAUGUUAGCUCCAAAAAAACCCUGUAUGACGCGUUAUGUGAUGUUUUAAGCGGUAUUCCAGAUGAGUUGUACCACGAAGUCAAAGUCAACGUAGUGGAAGAGAACGAUGCCACCAAUAAGUCCAAAAUGGCACAAAUUAAAGAGCAAGAGGAAAUUAUGAGAGAAGAAGAGUCUCAAGAAAAAGACGCGCUGGUCAGAAUUAGAGAUGAAUUGAGCUUGGACGAUAUCGAUGCGCAAGAAAGACCGACAGAUAAAAGAAGCAAAUGA